UGACUUUUGCGGUAGAAAGCGGUUCAUUUCUCUGCAGGGUUAAGUAAAGUUUCUCGUCGGAAUGCAUUUAAAAUAUCCAAGAAAGAGGGAUUUCUAUACUUGGGAAGAGUUACGCUGUCUGGCAAAGGCUUUGGGGUUUCGAAAGGAUCUUUUCCAUAAAAAUGUUUCCCAUGAAUCUGAAAAGGAUAAAUCCAAUGGCCUCAGCACAAAGUCCAUUUCAAACAUGCUGGAUAUCAAGUGUCUCCAUGGUGACAUUCAUCGUACAUACAAUAUGCAUGAUGCACUAUACAAUUCAAGAGUUAUAGAGAAAGCUGUGGAAAUGCUCUCUAAAAGAUAUUUAAGUUUUCAGGAGUUAAGAGAAGUGCGUGUAGCUUUUCAGUUGUAUGAACAUGAAGACAUGCUGGGAUUAGUUACCGAUGAGCACACUUUACUCAGAACUUUGAAGAUCUGUGGAAGAGCUGUUUCACCUGUAAAACUGAAGCAACAUAUCAAACACAUGAAAAGACAAGUUGCUGAUCGCAUUAUGCUCUAUGAAUUCUUAGAUCUCUUGCUCUUGUGUGAACGGGACACUGAGGUACAGCUUCAGCCUCUUCCACUAGUUACUGGUGUUGAUAAGAAUAACUUGUACAAGCUGUGUGAUUUUCAAGCUGUCCUUUGCACAGAAGAUGAGAAGAGGAUUCGCCAUCUAGACACUUUGUAUGAGCAAGGGUCUUUUAGAUCCAGUAUGAGUCACAACAAGGAUGUUCCUUCAUGGAGACUUCUGUACCAGGAUUAUUUUGUGGAUAGUAACCCAAGAAUAGAACUGGUCAGUAGGCAACAGCAGAGAUCCAUGGAGCUUUGUGAUCAUUUGGAUCACUCAAAUAAAAAGGUGAUGCAGGCCAGAUGUGGUUAUACUGGGACAUCCCAAAGAACUGCUUUUGUUGACCUCAAUGAUGUCAGUAGAAAAUUAAAGCCACUGGAAAGACCUCCUCUGAAAUUUGAACUGCAACAGCACAAGGAAGAAGUUGAAGAUGAAAAAGUUACAAAAGACAAGGAACACUAUCAGAAAAUUGACCUAACAAGAUUGAGUGCUUCAUCAGUAGGAUCUUUCAAGUUUUAUAGAGAAUUUGAUGGCACCACUUCAGCAAAGUUAUCAAGAACUUCAAAACUUGGACAUCAGGGAAUCCUAGUCACUCCAAGGGACCUCUACAAUUCACAUGUGAUGUCACAGAACUUACAGUGGGACAUGGAAACACAGUCCCAGAGGUUGAAACAAAUAAGUGAUAAACACAUGAAGGAGAAGUACUCCAGUUAUUACAAAAAGCUGAAAGUUUUUCAAGAUCCUGUUCAAAAUCCGGAAAGUGAAGGUUCCAGGCAAUCCAAGGUAAAGGAGAUGCCAGAAACCAGUACAACUGCGGUCAAACCAGCAGAUUCCGACCCAGUAGAACUUGUCAUCACACCACGAAAACAAGUUCCGAAAUUAGAUUCAAUAUACGACACAUUAAUGGAGAGAUUGCAGAAAACAGACACCCUGUUAGAUUUUGGCGAGGUCCGAGUUCAGGAGUUUGGUUCAUCAAUGCCAUCUAACGUCAGUGGUGGUCACUCACUGACAACCCAAAAGUUGCGUGUAGAACAAGUGACUCCUCAGAGGUUUGGAGUGACAGGGAAGGUUCGACUUCAAAGACUGGGUUCCCUAAGGUCAACUCAACCGAAGGAGACUGGUGAUUCAGAGAAACAAGACGAAGUUGAACAAUUGCUGGAGAAACUUCAAGAAGCGAAAUUUGUAGCGAGUGGUAAAAAGGGUUUUUUAAAUCCAAAAGCCUUCGUUUUCGCCAAGUGAUGAUAUCGUUUUUGACUGGACAGAACCACGUACAGGUUACGAAUUACGAAGGUGGGGUUGCGGGGCUUUGGAGGCCGCGAGUUUGCCGGAUCAAACCGGGCUUAUUGUCGGUCAGAACAAUUUUCAAGGUUCCUGUCAGUAUUACAUUUGUGCGCUCUUUGAUUGGUCAAAAAGACUCGCGUUCCCAUUUUUUAACCAGUCAGUCAUUCUUGUUUUCCCGCGCUCCAAUCAGUUGCCGUCUUCUGUUUCUGAUUGGCCGGUGUAAAUACUUUUCUUUCGGUCAGUUUUACGUCACACUCGAAUUCGCACCAUCUUGAAACAGAAACAUUUGGAGGUACAGAAUCUUACUUUACGGUACAAGAAUUUUAACCCUCAUUAUGAGAAUGACCCAAUUUGAUAAAUACUGCUAAAGAUUCAGAGAAAAGAACGUCUCUUCAUUUUCUCUUGUAUAGAUCUAUCACCUUGAGAAAAUGUAUAUAUAAAAAUAUAUAAAAAUUUAUCAGAAACACCAGGAAACACAACUGAGUUUCUAAGUUAAAUGUGUAUAUUUUUUCAGAAAAUUACUGUUUUCGCAAACUGUCAAAUUGUAUUUUAAAUUGUAUCACAACUCAUAAAAAUAUCAAUUCACUUAAAUUUUUGAUGCGCAAGAUAUAAAGACAAAUUGUACUAGUUUGACUAAUCAUAAUCCACCUUUUUUGGCUUAUCUCUAACUAUGAUGCUGAUGCAACUGAGCUACUCGAGUUUUUAGGGUGGAAAAAUCCUGCACGCCAGCAGGAAAUC